AUGGUUGGGUCGUGUGGAACCGUGUGGAAACAUGCGGAAACAUGCGGAAACGUGGCAAGGCCAUGCACGCUGCAAGCUGCCGGGCUGUCGCUCUCGGACUUGGGGUGCAAAGUAUGCAAAGUGUGCAGCAUUGGCCGGCUGUGGCUACUGUACUGUGCAGAAGACAUUCUUACACAAAGCAGCUGCCUUGCCCCUGAGGACCCAGAAGCAAAGAAUUGUGGUGCAGAUUCAAAACGGAUAUGCCCCGCGUCUGCACCGCUAGCAGUGAAAAUCAGCGGCUUCCUCAAGUCUCCUGCCCAGGAGGCUUGCAACUUCUGCUCCGGCAUCGGAACAUUUCUACCAGAUGCGACGGCCUUCAUGGAGGAUGGGAAGCCUUUUUCCUGCCAAUUUGCCUUGGACCAGAUUCGGGCAGGUGACUCAAAGCUGACUUGUCACGAGGCGACAGAAGAAUUGGUCGACUGCUGCGCACGUCCCUCCGAUGAUGGAAGAUCAGGAACUUCAGACAAGACGGAUAACUGGAACUGCGAUCUGUGCGCAGGAUAUGGAGACUUGAACAGCACUGCCGUGGCCAUGGUCAUAGAAGGAAGCCCGAUGACCUGUAGUGAAGCGCAGGACAACCUUCAGAGCGGCCGGGCGCCAAUCUCUUGUGAAGUCGCACGGGAUUCUGCACUUGUGCAAAGAUGCUGCAGCCGAGCAGCCGAUGACGAUGCGGCUAUGGGGCUCCAGAACUGCAGCAUCUGUGGAGCGGAGGAGACGUUUGAUGCGGAGUCCAUUGCGUACACCAUCAAUGGUGAGAUGUACACUUGUGGCUGGACGACAUCCUGCAAGGAGGCGCAGGACAAGUUGCAGGGCAAAUGCUGCAAGUGCUACCUCUGCUCAGACGGGCAGUCGCUUAUCCCCGACGCGGCGGCGGAGCACCUCGAAGGCGAGCCGAUGGCCUGCCAAGAGGCGCAGCUUCUUCUGAAAGGCAAUACAUCGAAGCCUUCCUGCCCGGAGGCCCGGCGCAAGUGGUCCGAGUACUGCUGCAAAAGCGAUGAGAGCCCGACCUCCACAGCGCCAGACUCAAGCGCUCGACCGGCACACGCAUCAGACGAUGCAGUGACGACAGCGGCAGCGGCUGCAUCGGUGGCAACCACAACAGAAGCAGCACUUGCUGGAGGUUUGUCAUCUACACGGACCACUACGGAGGACACUGAGGCGGAGGAGUAUGGUGAGGAGGCGGUUCGGGUCUGGGCUGACAACAAAGACGAAGUUUGUGUGCCAGGAUCGGAUGACCUGUCAUCGUACAUCAAGUCUUACACGCCCACCCCACCCGACCCCCAACCCCUGCACAUCCUCUCCUGCAGUGGAGGCAACGCCCUUCUGUCGAAGCCCGUGCCUGAAGACAGAUUAUCCUGUCUCUUUGUUGCACAAGGCAAGUUCUACAAGCUGUCGCAGCAAGGUUUGUGCUUGAAGACAGACACCAAAGACUGGAACAUGACCUGCUCGGGCUGCCAGCAUUUCUAUGUUCUGUAUGGUGACCACUGGGCAUCACUGGGCCACUGUGCUGUGUCUCUUCCUGUCCUCGUCAAGGAGCUGCCCGAGGAGGAGUGCGCCUCCACACACUUCUUUGAGACGGUGGGCGCUUGCGAGCGAAGGCCACUUUACUCAGAGAUGUACGGAGAUGCAGUUCAGAUGGUGGGCUUCCUACGCCAAUGGUCCAUCUUUGCAGUAGCGCUUCUGUUCCUUGUCUGCCAUGGUGCGCCAGUCUUCCACUUGUCUUUGCCCAAACAGGACUACACGCAAGCCUGCAUCAGCUGCAACUGGCCGUGCGGACGAAAGGCUUCCACCUCGACGACGUCGACAACAACUACCACCACCCUAACCACCACUACCAUGACAACGAGCACCACAAUCACAACUACAACGACUACCACCACAACUUCAACAAGCACAUCCACAAUCACAACCACCUCCACAAGCACGACCACGACCACCACAACGUCUACAACGACAGUCACAGUGUCCGUCACGGACCGCUACCACCUGACCGUUGCCAAGCCAUACCUGACCAAACGUGGUUUGGUGGUUCCCACUCGCUGCUUCGAGUUCUGCGAUCGGACCAAUGUCAGGAGCAUGUACAUCUCUUGCUCUCAGCUGUCUGCAGAGAUGUGCCAGUCAGAAAGCUUCUACGAGACCGAUCUGAAAGGGAACCGCAGGCACUGCAUCUUGAACGAUGACGAGCGCUGUACAGUGGAUGCGUCCUUCGUAUGCAAUGCCAGUAUGCCCAUCUGCCAAGUGAGUGAUGACUCCAGAGAAAGGGAGCUUGACUCCACCGUUGUGAACGGCACCAGCCUACCUCCAGAGCAGCCUUCGAUGAGCACGACCUCACAGAUGGAUACCACGAAUGUGAGUAGGUCAUCACUGAAACAACCCUACGAAGUGCGGGGGGAGAGUGAUAAGAUGAGCCCGUCGAGCUCACAGAAGCGUGAAGGAGUGCAUGAGGGAAGUGAGCAGACAACCGCCCGACGGACGCAGCUGCCGGAUGCAAUUGUGCAGUCAGUCGUGGCCGCUGCCCAGGAGUGUGUGGCCGUGGGUUUAAACAUCAUUGACAUCCAAGUCGUGGUAAAUGCGACGAUGGCGCACACGCCCCUCAGCAUCAAGAGCCCUGCAGAAAUGUCACUCCGAGAAGCGGUGGAGGUGGCUCAAAUGGCUGGUCUUUCCACCGAGCGCCUUCUUCGGGAGCUUCAAGAUGCCGGCAUCGGCUUUGGUGAGGGAGGCGCGACCCAGUCACCGGCCCCGAUGAUCACAGAGACGAUCGAGAUCAACCCCCAUGGCCCCGACAGAGUUGUGGUCAGGAGGGCGCAUCCCGCUGACACGACGGCUGCGCCCUCGACGUCCUCGCAACCAGCCAGCACCAGCCGUGAAGAUGUUCGGUGCUCGUCCUUGUGCUCCAAGCAGGAGGUGUCUGACUGUGGGACCUUAGAGCCUGAGCUGUGCGCAAGUGAGGAGUUCUACUUGACUUCCUACGGCCAGAUGUCCCUCUGCUUCCUAGCCGAAGGUACUUGCGAGUCUGGGCCACUUUUUCCAUGUGAGGAACCGUGCUCUGGGCCCUCUCAGGGAAGGAUGGGAGUCGAAGCCGUUGAUCGAUUCUGUAGCUCCUUGUGCUUCAAGUACAAGGUGUCGGCUGGCAACUGCAGCACGCUCCAGGAAGACGACUGCAAGUCUCGCAUGUAUUACAUGGACGUUGGUGGAGAGAAGGUGCUGUGCCAGUGGGAGGCUGCAGGCAUUUGUAGUGUGGACCUAUCGGCCAGAUGUCCCCAGAAGCAUCUUUGUCCAAGCACCACGACUACAACCACAACAUCGGGUCCGGCGGUGCCUCCAUUCUGCUAUACCCUCUGCGACAAAAUAGAUAUAGGCUCCCAUGUCUCGGCGUGUGAGGAACUGACAGAAGCGAAAUGCAAGACGUGGCAGUAUUAUGCCACAAUCAAUGGACAACGCGCUCUUUGCAGCUGGUCCGAGAUUGGCGUUUGCAGCCUGGCCACGUGGCAUCACUUGAUUGCAACCAUCGCAGCUGUGUCUGUAACUACGUAG